AAGGUAGCAAGUCAUUGUAAACAGGCAGGAGGCCAUCUUGUCUUUGCGCUCACUGUCGAACUUUCGUCGAGAUUUUCGCCAGAUAUCAAUCCAAUUUACCUAACUGGCACCAGCUCCACGAUGGAGAACCCAGGAAGUGAGCCUCCCCGUUGUCGCUGUGGAUUUUUUGGAUCUCCCCAGACCCUAAAUCUGUGUUCAAAGUGCUACAAGGAUGAACUGAAACGGAAGUCCAAAGGCGAGGAAGGAAGUAGUUCUAUGGUGUCUUCGACAGGACCAGUUUUUGCUCCUAAAAGUGCGGGAUCCUCUAGUAGAGUCCCGACAGAAAAUGACGAGAACAGUGCAAGCGCAAGCGACGAAACAACCGAAGAAAGCACAUCUAGAAAUGAAGUCUGCACCGACACCCCAUCCGGACCGUACAAGCAAGAUGACCGACCGGUACAGAAAAACAAAAAACGCUGUUGGACGUGUAAGACGAGACUCGAAUUGGCGCAAAGAGAGCUAGGGAUUUGUAAAUGUGAGUAUGUCUUCUGUCAUUUACAUCGCUUACCUGAGCAGCAUGAUUGUAUAUACGACCACAAGGAAAGUGGGCGACGAGAAGCCAGAGAGAAGAUGGUUACGCUAGGGCCGCGUAAAGUUGGAAGAUCCUUUCAAAGGAUAGAUGAGUGAUAGAUAUUAAAGAGAUGGGAUACCAUGUCAAAUAAUAGUAUAUGCAGAUAAAUAAGCAGCUGAAUAUUAAAAAGGCUGCUAUGAACAAUGCAAAUUAUAGCUAAUUUUCAAAAGGGUUUGAUUGCACUACUUUAUAGAUAACGCAUAGUUAAUAUUUGUUUCUAAAAUUUAUGAGGGAUUAUAGUUUGACCAUGUUCUAUAGAAUAUGUCUAAGUUUUUUUCACUUUUUUAGUCACUGUAGCUAAGAAUUGAAGGGUAGCAUAUGUUACAUAUGCAUUAUGUUACGAAAAUUCAAAGUAAUUACUCCUGGUUAAGAGAUGAUGUGAAAUCAUGUCUUUGGCUCAUUGUAUGAGGGAAUAUGUAAUAACACAUUGCUUCCUGCCAUUUUGAUGUAAAGUGAUCUUCGAAUUUAAAUGUAUGCACCAACCAUAACAACAGUUUUCGGCUUCUGCAUAUAAAAACCAUCAUAUGAUAUUGACUAACAGCAGUCCGGUAAAUAUGCAUAUCAAAACCACCAUAUGAUUUUUACUAACAGCAGUCCAGUAAAUAUGCAUAUCAAAACCAUCAUAUGAUAUUGACUAACAGCACAGUCUGGUAAAUAUGCAUAUCAAAACCACCAUAUGAUUUUGACUAAGAGCAGUUCAGUAAAUAUGCAUCCUUGGGGACACAGGUGUUGUACAGAGACUUCGUAUCACUUGAUGCUUCUGGGGAACCCUGCCCCCUAGGAUUAAACAUUUUUUUAAUUGCUAUUUGUGUUGUUUGUCUCAAAGAUAUGACUUUCAAAUUAUUAUGAGUUUAUCCCCACCCACCAUGCUGAAGUAUUUCUGAUUGCUUGCCAAAUGAGAAUAAAAAGAUGCUGAAGUCAUUCUGAUUGCUUGCCAAAUGAGAAAAAAAAAAUGUUAAAGCCAAAUUAUUAUGAGUUUAUCCCCACCCACCAAGCUGAAGUCAUUCUGAUUGCUUGCCAAAUGAGAAAAAAGAUGGUAGUCAUUCUGAUUGAUUGCCAAAUGAGAAGAGAUACUAAAAUCAUUCUGAUUGCUUGCCAAAUGCGAAGAAAAGGUACUGAAGUCAUUUGCUUUGCAUAUUCCAGGAAUUCUCAGGAUGAAGUUUAUACUUUGAUGAAUGUAGUAUACCAGGGCUGGUGCAUAAAUCCGGUUUAUUUGUGAUAGCAGUGUUGCAUUUUUUGUCAGUAAGCAUCAUAGAACAUUACAAUGGGUUAAGAUAAUUUGUGACAUUGGAGAAGCUUCACUAAGCGCACAAAAAAUUAUUGAUUGACCCAUGCAACAAUUUUGAACAGCUAACUAAUCCAUUGUUUUAUCUUGUUCAUUGCGUUUGUUUAUACAGGUUGCUAAAUUUGUUGUUGUGCUACCCUGUCCCGUUUGGAAAUAGUGCAUCAGUAGUCAAUCGAAAAAUGCCUUCAUGUUUCACAAAGGGAAAUGAUUAGUCAUGGUGGCAUGAUUGACUGAAUGAUUUUUCCAGACAAGAAAUGCUUUGAAUUCUCAGUGUUCACGCAACAACAAAUUCAGCUAGAACCAUCAAACACUUAUUCAUUAGAGUUGAUUCAUUACAUAUGGUUCAGUCUGCACUCUAGCAAGUUACACAUUAUGAAAAAGUAAAAAAUUGUCACAAAAGUGAAAAUAAAAUAAAUUACACAGUGUUA